GGAGGUGGCCGUUGUGGGUAAGGCCAUGGCCCGCCUGCGGCUCCGGGACUGCUGGGUCAGCGACCUCCCCACGCUGCUGCUGCUUUUGCUGCUCCGGCCGCCGGCGACGCGGGGUGCCACAUGCUCUACCCCCACAUAUAUUGAACAUGCAAACAUCCGGGUCAAGAGUUACAUUGAGAACUCCAGGGAGCGGUAUAUUUGUAACUUUGGUUUCAAGCGUAAAGCUGGUACAUCCAGCCUGACUAAGUGCUUGCAUAACGAGGAUACAAACAUUACCCAGUGGACAACUCCCAGUCUCAAGUGCAUCAGAGACCCCUCCCUGAUGCGCCAAAGGCCCUCCUCCCCAGUAGCACCAGCGGGGGUGACCCCAGAGCCAGGCAGCCCCUCCCCUUCUGGAAAAGACUGCUGUCCUCGCCAAAACUGAGGAUCUGGGAUUUUGCCUGCCUCACAUGUUAGCCCACCACAGUUUCAGGGGUACUGGCAAACACAACACUGCCAGAUCAGAAACUUGUUGUGGCCAUCACUUUGUAAAGCAUAGCCAGCUUUCACUUCCAAGUCAGACACCAUGAUGGCCACAAAGCCAACUACUGCACCGGGCUCCAGGCUGAUGCCACCAAAACCUCCUUCUACAGAAACCACAGGGACAGUUGGGAAUGAGCCCUCCCAAGACCAUUCUCAAACAACGGCAAAGGCCUUGGAACACACUCCCUCUGUCUCUGUGGAGAAGCCAGGUGCAUAUUCAUACAAUGCCACAGCCAUCGCUGUGGCAAUCUCCAUACCUGCCUUUGUGAUUUGUGGAGUAUGUGCGGUAUUUCUUCUGGUACGUUGGUGCAAAAAAUCAAGGCAAACUUCCUGGAUACUCAGUGUUCAAAUGGAAAAUAUGGAAGAUAUGCCAAUGACUCGGGGACCCAACAGCGGAGAGGAGGACACAAAAAACUACUGCACAACCUAAGAAACCCCAGGGAGAAACCAGGGCCAGCAAGGGCCAGGGCGAAGGCACCAACUCUGUUCUGGCCAGAGGGAAUCUAGAAAAGACUCAAGGGGUUGAGCGCCAGGGAAAAGCUGCCAGGAUGCUAAAACGUCCAGGCAUCAUUUUGUCAAC